AUGCCUAUAAUCCGUGGACGACCUAUUGUAAACGUGGGUCAUAUUGCGACUUCGGCACGCCCGUGUACCAGAGUAGCAUUAACUCCUAAUCGAGUUUCUGCCGGAUUGCCGCGUUGUAUCAGUGUUGAUUUGACCAACAAAACAAAGAAGGAACGAGUUGUCGUGCUGGGAUCCGGAUGGGCCGGAUAUGGAUUUGCACGCGAUCUGGACCCGAAAAAGUAUGAGCGUGUGAUGAUCUCACCGCGGUCAUAUUUUGUCUUCACCCCUUUGCUUGCAGGCACGUCGGUCGGUACGCUGGAAUUUCGUGCCACCAUUGAGUCUACCAGGAGGCUGGAGCUGGACGACUUCCACCAGGGUUGGGCCGACGACAUUGACUUUUCGAAAAAGGUCAUUCGUGUCGAAGCAAACACAUCUGGAGACUUGGCGUCCCGAACCCGUCUUCCUUCUGGCGACUCUUCUGCGAUACAGAAGAAAAAGGGAGAGAUAUUCGAGGUUCCAUAUGACAAAUUAGUCAUCGCCGUUGGCUCGUAUAGUCAGACGUUUGGCAUUGAGGGUGUUCGUGAAUAUGCCAACUUCUUACGGGACGUGAGCGACGCCAGAAAUAUUCGGCUCAAGGUGUUGCAAUGUUUCGAGAAGGCAGCCUUGCCAACGACGACGGAUGAGGAGCGAAAGAAGCUGCUCCAUUUUGCCGUCGUGGGUGGAGGGCCCACUGGUAUCGAAUUCGCCGCCGAGUUGCAUGACUUGAUCAACGAGGACUUGGUGAAACUCUAUCCCGACAUCAUCAAGUUCAGUGCCAUUACCGUCUACGAUGUGGCCCCCAAGGUCCUGCCAAUGUUUGAUCAGACACUCGCCAAUUAUGCCAUGGAUCUUUUCCGACGCGAAGGCAUUCAAGUGAAAACCAAGCAUCACUUGACCAGAAUUCGACCAGACACGGAGACCGAGGGUUGUCUUAAGCUCAAGAUCCAGGAGUAUGGCAAUGAAGAGGUCGACGCCGGUAUUGUUGUCUGGAGCACCGGUCUGAUGCAGAACCCUCUGGUGCAAAAGCUGGCAGACAAGGUCUUUCCUCCCAACUCGGCAGUCACUGGGGUGGCAAAGGCGGCAACAGAGGUACAGAUUCAAAAGGAACCAAAGAGCGGUAGCAUCUUGACGGACAAACACCUUCGCGUCCGUGUCGUGUCGACUGAAUCGAAAGACGGAAAAUCAAUCUCUGGCAAGAGCAUCCUGCCCGACGUCUACGCCAUUGGCGACUGUGCCGUCAUCCAUAAUCAAGCGCUGCCGGCUACUGCGCAGGUCGCCAGCCAGAAGGCGACUUAUCUUGCCAAGAGGCUCAACAAGGAAGAUGUCUUUGCACCGGGCUUCAAGUUCCGAAACUGGGGUACAAUGACCUACUUGGGUAACUGGAAGGCUAUCCACCAGAGCGAAGCGGAUGAUCUCAAGGGCUGGGCGGCCUGGGUGCUCUGGCGUACGGCAUACUUGACCAAGAGCAUGAGUAUCCGAAACAAGAUCAUGGUGCCCGUUUACUGGUGCAUGUCGUGGCUUUUCGGACGGGACAUCUCAAGGUUCUAG